GUCACUUGUCACUGUCAGUAAUCAUCAACAUUUUGCACAGCAAGUGUUUGUUAUGAAUAUUGUGAUGUUCUUAUCUUGAUAACGAAGAUAAAAUGAUUUUAAAAACAUAUGAUGGCAGUUUAUUUAUUUUUAUUACCCUUACCUUAAACUCAAUAACAAUUAUAACAGGCCAAAACUUCUGGAAAAUCAAUUCAUUAGAACAAGAUCAAGUUAAACCAAAGGAAGAUAAAAUAAUUUGGUGUACAAUAACUCCAGAAGAAUUACAUAAAUGUAGAAAUUUUUCUCUAGCCAAUGAACGAGAUCAAAUUAGGGUUGGUUACAAAACAAUUAACAUUGAAUGUAUCCAAGCUUCUAAUAAAAAAGAAUGUAUGGAAUGGUUAGAUGAAGAGAAAGCAACAAUGACCACUUUGGAUGCAGGGGCCGUGUUUGCAGGAGGAAGAUAUCACAGUUUGGUGCCAAUAGCUCAGGAAGUCCUAGAAGGUGGUUUCAACUAUUACUAUGCUGUAGCCGUUGUCAAAAGUGGAACUCUGAGCUAUGUGAAUUCCAUUCGGCAAUUACGAGGUGUUAAAGCAUGCUUUGCAGGAGUUGAAACCUUUGCAGGAUGGAUUUUACCAAUAAAUACACUUCUGAAUGAAGGCGGUAUGGAUAUUAUAGAUUGUAAUAACCAUGUAAAAUCUGCCAUCAACUAUUUUGGUCCAUCUUGUGCUGUCAACUGUCUGACAGAUCAAUACAACCCAAUCGGAGAUAAUUCUGAUAAGCUGUGCCAAUUGUGUGUCAGUAAAAUACCCGGAGGAAGAUGUACGGAUUCUGAUCCAUAUGCAGGAUAUGAAGGAGCUUUUAGGUGUCUGCUAGAAGCGGGAGAAGUUGCAUUUAUGAAACAUAACACCAUACCUGAGCUUUUGAAUGGACUUGAAUUUGGUGGUCUUGCUAUAAACAACUUCGAAUUGUUAUGUAAAGAUGGAACCAGACGCCCCGUAGGAGAAUACCUGUCAUGUAAUUGGGGAAAAGUUCCAUCCGACGCAGUAGUUGUUUCAUCGGCUGUUUCUUUUGAAGAUAGGAUGAAACUACAACGAUUUUUGCAGAAAUUUGCCGAACGUUAUCCCAAAACACACAGGAAUACUACACAAAGUAUUUUCGGAAAUCCCAAUGAACCAAAUCGAAAUGUAAAUGAUCAAAGUAACAACCCCUAUGCAACUGAUCAGAAUAAUAAUAAUAAUAGAUUUAAAAGACAAGACUAUGGAGAAUACAAUCCGUAUACGAGAAGUGACGAUAACCGAAAUCAAAAUCCGAACGAUCCUUACAACCCUUACACAAGGAACGAUGGAAGUUCAAAUCCAAACGAUCCCUCAAAUCCAUAUACGAGAAACGAUGAUACAAAUCCUUACUCACAGAACCAAAACAAUAACGAUGCUUUCAAUAGAGAUCCUUAUACAAUAAACAGAGAACAGUUUGGCGUCAACAUCGAUCCGUAUGGUAACGACAACAGAAAUAAUUAUAAUCCCGAUUCGUAUGGUACUAACGACAACAGAAAUAAUUAUAAUCCCGAUCCGUAUGGUACUAACGACAACAGAAAUAAUUAUAAUCCUUAUUCUUCCGGCUCAGAAUCACCCUAUAACAGAACUCAUAAUGUUACUUAUUAUGAAGUAUUCGAUCUGUUUGAAUCUAGUCCGAGAUAUGGAAUACAUCUAAAUUUAAUGUUCCAGGAUGCAGCCAGAGCAAUAAUUCCCAUAGCCGAGAAUCAACAAACGUAUACAAACUUUUUAGGAGAAUCCCUUGAAAUCAUCAUGGGAAUUAGGCAAUGUCCAGUGGGAAGAAUGACACUAUGCGUCACUUCCGAAGCCGAGAAAAACAAAUGUGUCAAAAUGAGGACUGCAUUGAAAGCUCAGCUUAUGAAACCGGAGAUGGAGUGCUAUAAGGGCCAUUCCCAAAUUCAUUGUAUGCAGGCGAUUAGAGCUGGAACCGCUGACGUGACUGUGCUAGAUGCUAGUGAUGUAUAUACUGCUGGGUUAAACUACGAUUUGGUGCCUUUUAUUAGCGAGGUUUAUAAUUUGGAAGAGCCCGAGUAUUAUGUGGUUGCCGUUGGAAAAGAAUCUGAUCCAAGUACUGAAUUGACCUAUUUGAAAAAUAAGAAUACUUGCCAUGGAGGAAUAAAUACAGCAGCAGGGUGGGUUUAUCCAUUGGCGUUCAUGAUUAGUAAUGGAUGGAUCAGACCAUAUGGCUGCAACAGUAUUAGAGCAGCAGCAGAAUAUUUUUCAAAGAGUUGUGUCCCAGGAGCUAUCAGUACUGAAUACAAUACAGGGGUGCCGUACGAUAACAUGUGCGAUUUAUGCCAUGGAGCGAGCUUCAGGUACUGUAGAAGAGAUGCGUCGGAAGACUACUACGGCCACACGGGAGCUUUCAGAUGCCUUGUAGAAGGUGGAGGACACGUUGCUUUCGUCAAACAUACUACUGUAACUGAAAACACUGGUGGGAAGAAGAGGGAAUGGUGGACAAGGGACAAUCUUAACGACGACUACGAAUUAUUGUGUCCAGACGGUACUAGAGCUGAGAUUCAUGAAUACACUAAAUGUAAUCUUGGCAAAGUGAAAGCUAAUGCCAUCGUUACUCGAGGAGGAUAUGGGUACAACGAAACCCAUAUUAAUGCUUACAUUAACCUGUUUUUGUAUGCUCAAACCUACUAUGGUAGAAAAUUUGCUGAUGAAUUUAGUUUCAGUAUGUUUUCGUCACCGCCUCCAUACGCUGAUCUGAUCUUCCAAGACGCCACAACGCAGCUAAAAGUUAUCCCUCCCAACAAGCGACAGUACUCAGAUUACUUAGGCAGCGACUUUAUGCGAGCGAGGAGGAUAGUAGACUGCCAUGCCGGUAGUGUCAGUAUGAAAGCAACUUUGCUAGCAGCCGUUCCAAUGAUACUUCUUGCGUUUUUAUUGUAACUACUAGUUUUUAGGUAGUAAUUCUAAUGUGAUGUAAAUAUUUCCGUCCGCAAUUUUGUACUGAACGUUCAUUUUUAUAAGAUGUUUUUUACCUAGGUAUUAAGUUGAAAACUGUACAUGACUCUGAAUCUCAUAUUUUAAAACUAUCAGUGCAUUUUAAUAAUACAUUAUAUUAAUUUGAACAAGUAUUUUUUCAUAUCAGUAUUUAUGUAUAAGCUUGUUCAAUUGAAACAUCUUUGGUUAGGUUAGCCUUGGAAUUGACGUUAUGAUCGGUUCCUAUCAUUUGUAUUUGACUACUCUUUUAACUAUAGUGACUUCAAAAUGGCGUUUUUUGUUAACAAUGUGUCUAAAUAUAAUCAGCGUGCGGCCAUACCAAUUUCAACCUUCUGGGGGCAAGGUCAUGUUAACAUGUUUUUUCAACCAGAAGGACCCUGGAGUUCAUGGAGUUUACGAAACCUAGAGUGCAUAUUAACGAGAACCUUUCUAGGGAAACUUUAAACAAGGUUUAUUAAGCAAUAUGACCAACACGUCCAGAAAAGCUUGUCAUUCCUCUGCACGACAAUGCUAUGCCUUAUGUCGCCGAAUAAGUACAAAAAUGUACAACGAUAAAAAAUAGAGGAUUUUAGAGUAUCCACCAAGCUAUAGUUCCGAUCUAUCGCUCUACGAUUUUUACAUCUUUGGGCCGUUAAAAGGUAUCGUUUAAAAAGUCGUUCAGAUGGACGAAGAAAUACAAAAUGCCGUCAAACAAUUCUUGGAACUACAACCACAAAAAUUCCUAAAACAGGGUAUGCAUCGGUUGGUGGAACAAUGGUAUAUGUGCCUUAUAUAUAGUAGUAAUUAUAGUAAUUAUUUGUAGAUACAGUUCGUCUAAUAUACUUACCGUUGCACGUCAUUAUCUACGUCAGAGAUCUAAGUUGACAUAGUUGCCAAAAUAUAAAAAAAAUCCUGAAUCCAUUUUAAAUCAAAUAGAUCACAUAAUUAUUGCAAACGUGGAUUAUACAACAAAACAAAUUAAUAUUGAAUGUAAAUAAAUAAAAACUCUAGAACUAGAAAACUUAAACUUAAGUUAUAAUCCUACGUUAAAGUAAAUAAUAAAAACAGUAAAUAUAAUAAAACAAAUACCUAUAGUACAGAAUGAUAACAAAUAUGAAGUGUCAUCACCGCAACUGUCAAAUAAAUGUUACCAAUUUAUGCCAAAAUGUCACCUUUGUUCGCUCGUAGUUAUAGUGUAAUCCGAACAAGUGUUAUUUAUAAAUACACUUUAUAUUCCACUUAUACAAAUUAAAUGAAACAAGUUAGGGUAUGUGUCUUUAAAUGUACAUUAAUAUAAAUAUUCCAAUAUUAUUUCUACGCGUAUGUAAUAAAAUAUUUCUAGUGGCUGUAAUUCCAGUGUACUCGACAAGUGACUCUAAAAAAGAACACACCUACCGCCUAAAUAUUUCGUAUUGGUAUCAUGUGACGUCACGGGCUAUGACGCGGAUAACGUGCAACGGUAAGUAUAUUAGAGGGAGUAUAUGUACCGAUAAUUUUUUUCUGGAUCAAAGAUACGUUUCAAUUGAACAAGCUUAGUAAAUUUGUUACUGUUAUACUUUUCUAUAUACGUCGUAAGAAUAAGUAUCUUAUUCUAAAAAAAUAGAAGUAAUUAAACAAACUAAAUAAAAUUACUGAAGUUCAACUACAAAUAACCAAAUGAGUUUAUUGCAGAAUGCGCUGUUUCAAAACAAUAUUUAUUCUUAAGACUUGUUGGAAGGUACAAAAGUUUUGUUUCUGCAGCAGUUACAAACACUUUGAAAGAAAUCUAAUGCAUCUGGUAAAAUGCUAAAUAAUUGCCUUUUUUAGUCAAUAAUUACUGGCGACGAAUCUAGGUAUCAUUAUUAUAAUAAAUAAAACGAGAACGUCCAGAUAAGCUCUCACAUGGUGUCAUUCUUCUGCACGACAAUGCUCGGACUCACGUUAGAGCAUCCACUCUAUAGCCCCGAUUUAUCGCCUUGUGAUUUUCACGGACUAACAAGUACAAAAUGAUGUAAAAGAUUCAAAAAUUCUUCAAGCAACGGCCACAAGAAUUCUUUAAGCAGGGUAUACAUCGGUUGGUGAAACAAUGGGAUAUGUGCCUUCAUUGUAAUGGUAAAUUAUUUGUAGGUACAUUUACCAAUAAAUUUUUUCUGGGCCAAAGAUGGGUUCCAAUUGAACAAAGUCCUAUUGUUGAGGUAUCCAAGAGUGAUAUCUGUCUACAAAAGCUAAAGGACAAUUAGCAAAAUUAAAAAAAAAAUUAGGUUGGUUUUCGUAUCGGAGAAUCGUGACAAUAUCCGCAUUUUCCGAUCAUUUACAAACUGCUGCAAAAACAAACCUGAUAAAAAAGUUUAUUAUUAAUUAUAGAUUAACAUUAUUUUUAGUAAAAAUAAAAUCAUUUUAGAUUUUAAAUAAUUUGUAACAGUAUUUAACUACAUUUAAGUAUUUGAUCACUUUUUUGCAUGUUUUAGAACAUUUUACAUAUUUUGUUAUUUUUUUUUAUUUUAUAUUCGAAUUACUAAUGGGAAGAAAGAAAUAUUAAGAAUCUCUUUUAAAAGUAGGUAUGUGAUAAAUUUACACAUUUUUUUUUUUGAAAAACUCAUACACUUGUUGCCUUAAUUAUUGUGAAUUUUGUAAAUAUAAAGUACAAUAAUUGACAGCUACUAUUUAGCAACAUUUUAUAUUUAAAUAAGAUUAGUGAGCUACAGUUGUGCAUGUUUAUUCAGUUACAUGAUUAUUCAUUUGUUAGUAAUUUCCAAGGAGUACGUUUAUUGACUUAUGAAGGUCAUCACAACAAUGGCAAAUUUAAACAAUCGUAGUUACAUGAAUCAAAACCAAUAUCGGGUAAAAAUUUGGGAGGGUAUUUUAGCAGUUUAAGUGAUACAGCUACAUUUUUAACAAUUCUACUGGGUUCUUAAUACAUCACUCAAUAUUUAUGUAUGAUAGGUUUUUACUCGUCUCGACAAUACUUACUGAUUUUCCUUUACUGUUUCAUUCGAUAUUCAGUGUUAAUUUCUUGCAUAUUAAGCUAAUAAAAAAGGUUAAUAGUGUAAAUAGUGAUGCAUGAAAUCAAAAUUAAAUAAUAUGGUAAAUGAGUUCGGUGUAUAUUAACCUUUAACUACACGCGCUGGCGUAUUUUGUACGCCAGAUAUAAGAAUUCUACUGCAAAUAUAUUUAAAAAUUUAAUUUUUGACCUUGUUUAUCUCUCUAACCUAUCACUGGAAUGUGCUUUACAAUUUGAUUUUAGUUUCGUUAUAAUCGGCAUUCUGGUAAGAUCGUAAUUUACAGUUUAUUAUUUGUUGUUUCCUGUGGUGGACAAUAUACGCCACGAUUAUAUUGAUAUAAGUCGUAAUAUGAGUACAUAUUUCAAUCGUUUUUUAGUCAUUAUGGCACAAAAUAUAUUUUUCUUUAUAAACAAUACUUUUUCUCCUGUAAAAAAAUCACAUUUCAAAAAAAUUUUUUAUUACUAAUUUUAUUUAUCAUGGAAUCCAAUUAUUCUAUGAUUCCAGUUAUAAAUCCCAAUUGGCUUACUGAGAAGGAACUCCAAGUAUUCACUGAUGCCGAAUAAGGUUUAUAACAAACAACUAAGUGUAUUUUUUCAAAAAAAAAUAAACAAAUCCGCUAUUUUUAAGUGUAUUUUCUUGUGGCGUAUAAAGUACGCCACGCGUGUAGUUAUGUUAUAACUUGAUGCGCGAGUAGUUAAAUAGUAAUAAUAUUAUACUAUCCAACUAUAUAAAAACUUAUUUUUGACAGCUAAAUAAAAAAAAUUAUAAAUGUUCACUGAGAGAUUUAUAUUUGUUAAAUUCUGCUCUAAAAUUCGGUAAAAUUAUAUACGUAAAAUGAGUUUUGAUAAACCAACAAAGGAGGCCAAAGCCUUAGUAGGAAAAAUGGAAGAUUACCCAUUAACCAACAUAUAAAACAGGUUGUAUUUUCCUGUGACCGUGUCACAAAAAAAGUUGACCAGCGCAAGAAGAUGUAAUAAUUAUAUAAACUGUUCUCUUAAUAAGGUACUGGUUCAUUACUUUCUGCAACAUAGAAAAGAUGUGUUUAAUAAGAUUGCUCAUAGGUAAUUUUUCUUUUUUCGACUGCAUAUGGAUCAUACACCGAUUCUUUAUUAAAUUUUGUGUAACUAUGGUUUAUAGAAAAAGAGAAAUAAAGUAGAAACCUAAUGUGCAAAUAUUGAAACUAAUGAUGAAUAUGUUUUAUAUUUUAAAAUGUCAAAUAAAUGUAAACAUUUCCAAUUAUUUUUCUUUGUAAAAAUUGUUAUACAUAUUUAAUUAGUUUGUUAUUUACCCUUAAAUGUCCAACAAUAUGUGGGUUCCAUGUAUGACCAAGGGUGGGUAAAAAAUGUCCACCUCGAAAAUAACUAAUAAGGGUGGACAUUUUACGCCCACCCAUAUUUGAUUAGAUAUUAUUAUUACUUUUGUUUUCAAAAAUAUCGGUAUAACCAAAUUAACAUUCGAUAAAGGGCUGUCUUUUUAGCAAUAAAAUUUUUGAAAAAUUUUGGAGCACGUAAUAAAUAUGUUACAAGAGAAUACGCAUUAGAUGGACGUGUUUUACCCACCUUUGGGCGUUUAAGGGUUAAUAACGCUCUACUUGAAAUCUAAUAGGGUGUUUUAAACGUUUUGUGAAAAAGCUCCGUCCAAAUUAUACAAUGUUUUUUAUACAUUUUGCCUUUGUUUUUAAUAAAUUGUAUGUAUAUUUUA